GGCUAAAGAAACGACCCUCGAAAUUAUCAUGCCUAAACACAUCAUUAUUUUAAAAAUCAACGUUUAUAUCUAGAUCUAGAAUAUUUUACCAUCUAGGAACUAUAUUUAAAAGGUAACUCACAGGAUGAAGUUUAAAUGAAGUUGAUACAGCAUAACAAAAUCAAAACUUGAUGUGCUAAACACUGAUGACCAUUCAAUUAUCUCACGUCUAUAGUGCCAUGUUAUUGUUGUGCUGAUCUCCACAUAAUUCAAUUUAGGAUUCAGCAGUUGUUUUAAAGGCAAGUUACAAACUAUUAUAUUAGUACACCAUGCAGUCAACUGGAUUAAUCCCAGCACGGUUUUUAACUAUCAUUGCUCAUCUAGUGCUAGUUAUUGUCAUAUUUUGGACUAGGGAGGAAAAUAUAAAAAUGUGUUUACCAGAAAAUUACAGCACCUCACAGUAUAAUGACAAAGAUGUUGAGAUGAUUGUAGCUCUGUCAAUUACUCUUGGCUUGUUUGCAGUAGAGCUUGUUGGCUUCAUGGGUGGAGUCACAAUGUUUAUGCCUUUUCAAGGGCUUUUGUCAACUGCUGCCCACAGUGGUGCUGCCAUAAGCUUGGCAUACUUCCUGUUUGAUCAGUGGCCCUGUCAAUGGUAUUGGUACAUCUUCGGAUUCUGCUCAGCUUUUCCAGCAGUCAUGGAGAUAGUUUACAUUAUUGGCAUUCUUUGUUUUCGUAAAGGCUACUAACUUUUUAACUUGUGACCAGUUAGUAGUUUAUUUCAUGGGCCAUCUUGAAAUAUCAUCCACUAGAGGAUAGGGGUUCUGAAUACAUUUUGUAUUUAUAUAAAAAAUAUGAAAACAUUCAAUUUUGUUGGAAUUUUCAGCUCUAGAGUGUGUGGGGUAUGGCUUUGUGUCAUAAUAUGUAAGCCUACUAUUGGAUAAAAAGUUAAGUUCAAACGGUGUCAAAUCAUUCAAAAUUCUUGAAUGGUACCUGGGAAGAAAGUUGAUAACUGUAUUGUACAUUUAAUGGCAGUUUAGACUUAGGGCAGUCUUGAUAAUGGGCCCUAACGUUUGUAAUUGGAAAGUACCCACCAUUUUUAUAAUCAGACACAUUUUAAAGCAGGUAAGUAUGAAAGGAGUUCUAUAUUCUGGUUUAUGAUGUGCCAAAACA